AGGGGAAAUUACGUCAACGCAUGCGCGAUAGCAGCCAAAUUUACAAUGAUAAUAGGAUGGAUGGUUGUUAUGACUUUGACCGCGGAACAGUUCCCUACAGUCAUCAGAAACUUGGCGUGCGCCGCCCAGAGUGCUGCUGCAAGAAUCGGUGGUAUUCUCGCUAGUCAAGUCUUAUCACUGGGUGGAACUAAGGACCUCAUGCUGCCCUUCAUUGCUAUGGGAAUUCUGGUGGUUCUAAAUAUUCUUGCCACCAUUGGUCUCGAGGAAACCAGAGGGAGGGCAUUGGAAGACACUAUGACCUUCACUUCUAAAUCUGAUACAGAUUGGAGUGAACACAAAUCGGACAACCUUGGAACGCCUCUCGUGUCCUGCGCCAUGGAAUCGUGUGACAAAGGGAAAGAUGAAAGUGACGAACAAACUGUGAAGUAGAAACACCUGACAAACUUGAAGAUCGUGGCUAUAGCUAAACGUGACACGUUGGUCAGAGAUGAAUUUAAUUAUACAGAUUAGGUAUAUUGUAACGAGAAAUAAUCUGGAUGUGAAUUUAGCUGACUUUUUCCAUUUUUCUGUUUAACUUUUGUCGGAAUUACCAUGAUCUGAUGUUCUGGCUUAAAUACACAUUGUAAAUUCUGUUGAAUCUAUUAUUCCUGAUCGACUGCAUUACAGAAAACUGAUGUAGUUACAGACUGAUUAAACUGUUUCUGUUCA